AUGGCACCGGCUGGCAGCAAAAAUGCCAAGAAGGGCAUCCUGGAACGGCUGAACUCUGGAGAGGUCAUCAUCGGAGAUGGAGGGUUUGUCUUUGCGCUGGAGAAGAGGGGCUACGUGAAGGCAGGGCCCUGGACCCCAGAAGCCGCCGUGGAACACCCAGAAGCAGUUCGCCAGCUUCAUCGGGAGUUCCUCAGAUCUGGCUCCAACGUCAUGCAGACCUUCACCUUCUAUGCCAGUGAAGACAAGCUGGAGAACAGGGGAAACUAUGUUGCAGAGAAACUAUCCGGGCAGAAAGUCAAUGAAGCCGCUUGUGACAUUGCACGGCAAGUGGCUGAUGAAGGAGAUGCUUUGGUAGCAGGGGGCGUGAGCCAGACACCUUCGUACCUUAGCUGCAAGAGCGAAACUGAAGUCAAAAAAGUCUUUCAGCAACAGUUAGAGGUCUUCAUGAGGAAGAACGUGGACUUCUUGAUCGCAGAGUAUUUUGAACACGUUGAAGAGGCUGUAUGGGCAGUUGAAGCCUUGAAAGCAUCAGGGAAACCAGUGGCGGCAACUCUGUGCAUCGGCCCAGAGGGAGACUUGCACAGCGUGACCCCCGGCGAGUGUGCAGUGCGCCUGGUUAAAGCAGGAGCUUCCAUUGUGGGGGUGAACUGCCAUUUUGACCCCACAAUUAGCUUACAAACAGUGAAGCUCAUGAAAGAAGGCUUGGAGGCUGCGGGACUGAAAGCCCACCUGAUGAGUCAGCCCUUGGCCUACCACACUCCCGACUGCGGCAAGCAGGGAUUUAUUGACCUGCCAGAAUUCCCCUUUGGACUGGAACCCAGAGUUGCAACCAGAUGGGAUAUUCAAAAGUACGCCAGAGAGGCCUACAACCUGGGGGUCAGGUACAUAGGCGGGUGCUGUGGAUUUGAACCCUACCACAUCAGGGCAAUUGCAGAGGAGCUGGCCCCAGAGAGGGGAUUUUUACCACUGGCUUCAGAAAAACAUGGCAGCUGGGGAAGUGGUUUGGACAUGCACACCAAACCCUGGAUUAGAGCCAGGGCCAGGAAGGAAUACUGGGAGAAUCUUCGGAUAGCCUCGGGCAGGCCGUACAACCCUUCCAUGUCAAAGCCGGACGCCUGGGGAGUGACCAAGGGAACAGCCGAGCUUAUGCAGCAGAAAGAAGCCACAACCAAGCAGCAGCUGAGAGAGCUCUUCGAAAAACACAAGUUCAAGUCUGCACAGUAG